GUAUUUAGAUGAAGGGGAGGAGUUAAUGACUACAUAAAAGAGGGAAAGAGCACACAUCGGUCCUAUCAAUCCUGCAGACUCUCUUGUCUGAGAUGGAGCGGAGAUGAUCCACUUGCAAGCAGUGAUCCAGCUGGCAAUGUACUGGAACAACUCCAGAACGCUGUCACUAGAUGACUGCCUACAAGAUGAGACAUCACGCUGCCGAAGGAUUGCUUUUGGCAUUUUGCCUAAUGCUUGCAUUUUAUUUUUUUUUUUGGAGGAGAGGAGGAAAACCUGUCUGCCAAGGGAUUUGGGCACUCGGGUCCACUGCCCUGUUUUAGUGGCUCCUGUGUGGUUUUCCUUUGAAAACCUCAUCAGUCCUCUGGAUGGGGUUCAGUGGACCUGCAGUGUACAGCGCCAGAUCUAUGAACUGCUGAUGAAGCAUCGAAAACUAGAAGCAACCUGAAGAAUCUACGCAACGAGAAGCAACUGAAGAACCUACACAACUCAAGAAAUGACACAGAAAGUCGACUAUUACCUAACCCUAUCCCUAUACCUUUUACCUAUGGUUGACUUCUGGUUGUCUGUUGCUUGGUUGGUAGGUCAUGGGGAUGGCCUGCUGUGAAAAACAACCUGUUUUUAUUUUUAUUUCCAAGGCUGCGCAACUUUCUGAAAAAAAAGACAAUAAAAAUGGAAAAACGUGGUACCUGAAA